AUGAAGCAUCUUUCCUCUGAUUUAAGAAGACUGGACUUGAAACUCACAUGUAAGCUUCAAACUGAGAUUGACUACUGGAUAAAUGUGCUCAAUAGAGUUUGCUCUGUUGUUAAAUCAUUAGCUAGUCAUGGAUUAUCAUUUAGAGGCAAAUAUGACAGUUUUGAAUCCUCUAGCGAAAACAAUGUCAAUUUUGUAAUGGAUAUGACUCUCAUUGCUGAAUAUGACACAUUUUCAUCGAAACAUAUCUUAAAAUAUGGGAAACAUGGUAAAGGUCAUACUUCAAAUAUAUCAUUUUUACUUAUGAACAAUUUAUUAAAAUUAUAG